GUGCGUUUGUGUAGUACAUCAUCGCAUCUGCGCGACAGGACUCCCUUUGCAGGGGACAGUAACAAGCCGAAGAAGCGGUGCACACACUGAUACGAUGGAUUUCAAUCUCAAAAAGCUUACUUCUGAUGCAGGAGUCUUCUUCACUCGUGCAGUCCAGUUCACAGAAGAGAAGUUGGGCUCUGCGGAGAAGACUGAGCUCGAUGCCCACUUGGAGAAUCUGAUCGCCCGGGCCGACUGCACAAAGAACUGGACUGAGAAGAUCUUCAGGCAAACAGAGGUCUUGUUGCAGCCCAAUCCAAUUGACCACACUGGUGCGCGUAUAGAGGAGUUUUUCUAUGAGAAGUUAGAUAAGAAGAUCCCAUCCAGGACAACCAAUGGAGAGCUGCUGGGACAGUAUAUGCUGGAUGCUGCUAAAGACUUUGGCCCAGGGACCCCAUAUGGCAGUACCCUGAUCACGGUGGGGGAGUACCAGAGUAGACUGGGCGGGGCGGAGCGGGAGUUCCUCCAGACCUCGGCUAUCAACUUCCUCACUCCUCUCCGCAACUUCCUGGAGGGAGACUGGAGAACCAUAUCUAAAGAGAGACGUCUCCUAGAGAACCGGCGGUUGGACCUGGACAUCUGUAAAGCACGUGUCAAGAAAGCCAAGCAAGCCGAGGCUAAAGCGGCGUGUGAGGGAGAUGCCGAGCCCGAUUUUCAGGAGACUAGGCCUCGAAAUUAUGUUCUGUCUGCGAGCGCAUCUGCGCAAAGCAGUGGUGGCUGGGAUAGUUGGGAUCUGGAAGAUUCCAAAGAGUCGGCCAAUGUGAUGGAUCAGAGGAAGCUGUGGAGUGAGGAAGUGGACAAAGCGGAGCAGGAGCUGCGUGUGGCUCAGACAGAGUUUGACAGACAGGCCGAGGUCACCCGGCUGCUACUGGAGGGCAUCAGCAGUACACACGUCAACCACCUGCGCUGCCUGCAUGAGUUUGUGGAGGCCCAGGCUACAUACUAUGCCCAGUGUCACCAGUACAUGCAGGAGUUGCAGAAAGAACUGAGCAGUGCUAACAGCGAUACGUACCCAAACUCUUUUGCCUCGAACGCCAACCCCUCCACCUCUGCCACAUGCCCCUCCCCCGUCUCCUCUGCCACCCUGCCAGGGGUCUCACCCCCAUGCCUGGCCUCCACCUCCACCCCUGGCAUCGCUCGGGAGCCUUCUGGCCCGCUGAAAAUCCAGGAUGUGCAGCAGCCUUCCACAGGCCACCGCAAGGCCAAGGUCCUGUAUGACUACGACGCCCACGACACUAGUGAGCUCUCCUUACUGGCCGACGAGCUCAUCACUGUCUACACAGUGCCAGGCAUGGACCCAGACUGGCUUGUGGGAGAGCGGGGCAACCAGAAGGGCAAGGUGCCCGUCACCUACCUGGAGUUGCUGAGCUAGAUGAACCCACGUAGGGACACACACACGUACACACACGUCCUCAAACGCACGCUCACACACACACACGCACACAUGCCUCUACUCUAUGGUCUCAUGGCACAGGAGGUUGGUGGCACCUUAACUGACGAGGACGGGCUUGUGGUAAUGGCUGGAGUGGAAUAAGUAGAAUGGUAUCAAACAUGGAAAGAUGCCAUUCCAUUUACUCCAUUCCAACCAUUUUUAUGAGCCGUCUUCCCCUCAGCAGCCUCUGCUGUCUCAUGGUGCGCAACACACUUACUUUGGUCUCUGGCCAAUUCAAACGCAUAUGCAAAAGGAUUCAAAAGCUAAAUGAGUGGAUAUAUAGCGCAUCAGAAGGGGAACAGUCGUAAAAAUAGUGAAUAGUCUAUAUUCUAGCUCUAUAGUUGCUCUUUUCCCACUAGCUAUUUGGAAUCCAUUCACCUUGCACGCUCUAUCUGGGUAUAUAGUGUAUAUAAUAGACUGGGUUUGAACUCUCAAUAUAUAGAGGAAAGGUCCUUCUUGUUUUAUUUCAUUUUUCAACCAAGCUAAUUUAGUCAUAGUUAGUCACCAUUACUUUGACAUUUCAAAGCCACGGGGGGAAAAAGUAAAACCGCCUGUAAAAUCCCCCAGCUGUAGGGCUGUAAUGCAAACAUCAUCCAGAGUGACGCAAAUAUUUAUCUCUCCAAGGUGUUAUUAGCCAUUGGCUAUCACAACAUAAAAAAUGAAUCUUGAAAGAGACUGCUAUACAGUAUGCUAACAGAAGGUGACUCAUAUUGGCUGAGUCAUAAACAGGUGAUGAAAGAUGAGAGGAAUAGUUGAAUUUCAGUUCUUAUGUUUUCUGACUGGUUGCAUUCUGUUUAUGUACGUACUGUAUUUACGUGGCUUUUUAUUUCUUAGGUAUCACUGUUUUUUUUUUUUACGAGUGUUCCCCCAUCUUGCCCUAUUUGUGAGGAAAAGGACAAAACCAUGGUAACUUUAUUAAACUAACAAAGGUUUAUGUAAAUCAAAGUAUUGAGUUGCUCAAUCAGUGGGUUGAUCCGUUGUUGAUGUUUGCGUGUCAUUGUUGCUUUUGUUUAUUCACUCUGGUUGCUGAUGUUUGCCGAGUUUCGGGUGUGUUUUACUAGCUAUCAGGUCUUAAUGUUUGUCUUUUUGAAUUUGUAGAUGUUUUGAAAUGGGUGUAGUUGUAUGUAAUAAGUUCAGACCUGUGGUUUCCUUUCCUCCCUGAUCUCCCUUUACCCCUGUGUGGGUCGCCAUCUCUCCCUGAACCCCUCAACAUUUCCUCCUGUCAGUGUUACCAAUAUGCUGUUGUAUGAUUAUUGUAUGAAUGGAACUUGAAGAAAAUUAACAGCUUGUUUAAACUGAUAAAAAAUAAGCACUGGAUAAUCUGACACAUUAAAACAAAACAACUUUUCAUUUAUAACAUUGUACAACUGAAUAAAAUGUUACAUUUCAA